AUGUCUGAAGAAAUGUCAAUAUCAACGCUCUUUUCUAAAAUGAAAAUAGAAAUGGAAAAACAAGCUAAUCUAAUAACAGAUAAAACAGUUAACGCUAUGAUGACCAUGGAUGAUAAAAUUAAACCCGUAAUGGAAGAAAACCAGAAUCUUAAAUCAGAAAUAAACAUUCUAAAUAAAAAAAUAAAUACUCUAGAGAAUGUAAUCAAGAAGAACAACAUCGUAAUACACGGAUUCGAAGAAAACGAAACUAGUUAUAAUCAACUAUUUAAAAAUAUUACUUACUUACUUCAACAGUUGGAUGUAAAUAUCGACGAUAACGACAUAAGCAAAUUGUAUAGAAUUGGAAAACUGACAUCAGAGAAAACGAGACCGAUAAUAAUCACUCUCGCGACGUACAACAAAAAGAUGGAAAUACUCAAAAAUAAAAAUAAAAUGCCACAACCAAGCUACAUCACCGAAGAUUUUACCAAAGAAACGUUGCAAAAACGCAAAGAAUUACAAAACGAGCUCCGCCUACAGAGGGAGAGGGGAAACUACGUCUACAUAAAAAAUAACAAAGUUGUUGUAAAACAAAGAGGAAAUAAAAAAAAGAAAAGGAUCUUCAUGUCUGCUUGUAAUACCGCAGCAUUAACAUGCGACUGGCAUUACUAA